AUGGAUGACAUAGCAAGAAUUAUCCGGAACAAAGAAAACAGCUACAAAGUGCUGAAUGUUCCCGAAGGCAGCACGAAAGAGCAGAUCAGAAGCAGCUACAAGAGAUUGGCCGUGAAAAUCCAUCCGGACAGGAACCCAAGCCCAAAAGCAUCAGAGGCUUUCAUUAUCCUCAGAAAAGCAUACGAAGAUCUAACAGACGAUAAGCCAAAACACAGAUACACCGAGAACUACAGAAAUUUUACGAGAAGGCCAGAGGGCGGGAACAUGACGCAGGACGAGCUGGAGCAGUUUAUCAAGUGGUGCAUGCACAUGAAUGGAGGAGGCGCGCAGUUCUCCUCGGGGCCCUUUGGAGCCCAUUUCUAUCCUUUCAGAAACGCCCAGUUCACACAGACUCCACUGCAGCAGAUAGAAAUAACGAAUAAGUUAGGAAUUAUUUUGCUGAUUUUCUUGUUCCUAUACAGCCUAUUAAGAUAA